AGAGCAGCAGUGGUCCAGCCCCUCAGAAUCUGAAAGCAUCACCGGAGCCUCCGGAUAAAGACCAGCUUCAGGAGCAAGGCUAGGAGACAGAGGAUUUCUGCUCAGUAAUAAAACAUGAAACAGAUGUGAGGAGGCAGUAUGGAGCUCAAGAGAGGAAAGACUUUCAUAAAAUCCAGUGUACAACAUGAGAAAGUGCCACCGGUGCAUACAGCUCCUACCAACAAAGAUGAGAUGGGCAAAGACAAAAAGGCAGUUCUGGAGGGAAACCAAAGUGUGGCUGAAGUCCAGCUGGCAUGUUUGGCCACACACAAGAACUACAGAUUUUCUACCAGAGCAGCAAGGAAUGGAGCUGGUGAUCACAACCUGGAAAAAUCAUCUGGAUCCUCCUACAAGCUUGUAAGGAAGAGUAAAACCCAUGACUGUGUUACUGAGGCAGACAAAACAGAGCACUGCAGCCCCAGCAGCAGGGCUUGCGAAGAAGGAUUUUUUGGAAAGGGCAAGGGCCGACUUGUCAAUAGCAUCAGCUUUACAGGGAUGUCCAGCUCCAGCAGUAAGAAGGAGUGUGUGGUCAGCCCCAGCCAGUCUGCAUGCAGCAGUCAGAUGAUAGAUUACAGGAACUUUGUGCCACAGAUGCCUUUUGUACCAGCUGUCGCAAAAACCAUUCCCAGGAAGAGGAUUUCCCUCAAGAGAUCUAAGAAAGGGCUCAGAGAUAUAUUUCACAUAAGAAAAAAUAAACCAGACAGCCUCUCAUUUCUGGUGGAGAAGGACAAGAACCUGUCCUCUCCAGGCUGCAGGAGUGAGUUGUCUGGACGUCUUGCAAAGUAUCUUUUCAAAACUGGAGAAACUUGUGCAGCUGAUUGCUUGUCACAGGACUGCUCAGACAGUGAACUGCAGUCUGACUCCUCCUAUGACUACUGCAAUGCCCUGUGUGAAGAUGUUGCCUCUCUGAAGAGCUUUGACUCCCUCACUGGCUGUGGGGAAAUCUUUGCUGAUGAGACUUCUGCUCAUCUGGAGCUGGAGAACAGCAAAGACCUUCUGCUGAGGCGAAGCAAGCACAAAGACAGCCCUGGCACGGGCUCCUUCCAAGGAGGGGUGGAGCAGCUGGCCUCUCCUGGCCAGAAUGAGACAGUGGAAUUUGCAAAGUUUUGGGACAACAUCAACAAAUCAGUAAGGCUACAUCAGAGUGCUCUGUUUGAAAAGAAGUUACUGAAGACACCUAGUUCUGACUUAGAAAAGGAUAGAAAUCAGGCUGCUGUACCGGUCACAGACCCCCAGGACUCACCCGAUAAAGAAGGUGACAAUUCCAAAGACAGCUCCACAGAAACAGAAACACCGAAAAGUGAAAACCAGGAAUCCACAUCGACAAGUGAUGAAGGCUACUAUGAUUCAUUCUCUCCUGGACAAGAUGAUGAACUGAAGGAAGCUCAGACCCCUGGUGUCCCAGGUAGAUUUCCAAGAGACAGUUACAGCGGAGAUGCCCUUUAUGAGCUCUUCUAUGACCCAAAUGAAGUCAAAGUAAACCCUAUCCUUGAUGAUGACUUGUGUGCAUCUGAAAGUGUUUCAGAGCAAGCCAUUGAAAUCCCUUUGUCCAUUUACAGCUUUCAUGUUGGAGCUGAGGAGAACAUGGCUUCCCAACCAACUCUAGAUAUCAUCAGCCAGGGUUUUUUCCACAGCACAUGGAAAGGCAAAGAAUGUUUGCUAAAGCUCUGUGAUACUGAGCUUUCACUGACCAUGGGGAUAAUAAACUGGCUACGAAAACACUCAGGACUCAUUUCCUCCCCUGAUUCUCUUCAGAGUCCUCAAUCACAGCCAGAAAAGUCUAAUGAUUCAUUGAUCCUGCCCAGUCACAGUCCAGAGCAGAAAGGGAGCACAGAAGCUCAGCAGGAGACACCAGGCAAGGGUGAAUCUAAUACAUUUAAUGUAUGUGUGCCUUUGGAGGAAAGCAAACACACAACCCAGGCCUCUUCAGUAAACAUUGCUGGAAGAGACCACAGCCUGGACUCCUGCCUGAACACAUCUAAUCUGAGUUUCCGAGGAAGAGAAGGGAGUCACCACAAGGACUUAUCUACAGCCCCUGGGACUGUGGAAACCACCAGAUCAUCAAGUUAUGCAUCACAAUCACAGGCUAACAGAGACACUCUGCAGACAUCUUCGACUGAGAGCGAGAAGCUAGCAAUUUCAUUGGGAUGUGAGACAUCUGGAGAUAAAAACCCACUGCCAGAAAAGCUGAACAGAGAGAGUGGCUCCCAGAGGUCUGAAAAUCCUUCAUUAGAUGAUAAUCACGAAGUAGAAUCAUGUUACUCCUACAAGACUGCUGCGACCUCACUCCGAGAUCCCCUUGAGAGGGAGGACAGAAAUAAACCAAUGUAUCGCUCUCGCUCUAUCUCCUGUGACAAACCACCACAGCCUCUAACCCUCAAUCACUUCCAGAGCUACAUGAGCCCCACACCAACAGAGAGCAGCACUAACAUAGUGCAGCUCUUAGAGCACUGUGUAACACAGGUGGCAUCAUUAAAAAUUAGCUAUGAAAACAAGCACCUGGAAGACAAAUACAUCGGGAAUGAAAUGAACAGUAUCAUUCAUAAGAUGUCUCAGUACAAAAACAAGUUAUUUUUGCAAAAUGAAUGCAACUGCGUUGCUCAAAAUCCAGAAUAUCCCAGUAUUCCUAGCACAAACCAAUACAACUAUGAGACAAGUUUCCAAUCUAGCAGUCUGUAUCAUUUGAAGCAAAAUGGGGAGCAAAUUUGCUCUGAAGAUCAGAAAAGUAGAGCAAAAAUGACUGAUGAGGUUACUCAAAGCAAGAUAAAUUUUGAAUACUCCCAGCUGAAUAAUCAAGCACUCUCCUAUUUAAAGGACUUUGGUCUCAGUUCAAGUGAUUCUGGCCCUGAGACAUCUCUUAGUAGACCAACAUUUUUACCUCUCUUUAACUCCAUCUGCCCAGACAUAGCUGGUACCUUCUCACAAGCCUCACACAGCACGGCUGUCUCUCUGUCUGACUCGCUGCAGCCUGAGGAGGCCAAGCAGUGCAGCCCAGGGCCCUGGAACUAUGCAGAGACCCCCUGCCAUGGCCUGGCUGGAGGGAGUGCUCUGUCCCCUCUCCUAGAGGCAGUGGCCCGGGAUACAGCGGUGACAACCAGGAACCACCAGUGACACACCUGCACGGAGAAGGUGCAACACUGAAGAAUCCAUUUGUAGAUAUGGAUGCACCCCCCCCCCCCCCAACACAGUAUAGCAUGACAGUUCCAUGACGUUAUGCCAAGACCAGAAUCAACAAGGAUUUCUCUCUAGAGAUCUCACCAGAGGUGUUGCAGCAGAAAAACAUGCCAGUCUGUUGGAAUGACAGUUAGGAGUUCUGGACAACCACACACUCCUGAAGCCAUAUUUGCAGAUGGCUGGUAACUAACGCUUGUUUUUAAAAACAAAAACAAACCCAGGUUCAGUAGGAUUUUGAAAAAAUUCAUGCCAUGAUAAGGUUUAAGAAAAAAAAAUGAUAGCAUAUUUCUGUCAUAUUGUGCCACACAACAAUUGAAAAUAUCACUAUAUUUUUAGAACACAGGAAUGUGCAGGAUGAGCUUUCAUUUGGGAAGCUGUCAUGAAGAGGUAAAAUUGUUUUCUGUUGUACUAGUUUUUCUUUAGUUUUAGAGAAAAGCUUUAUAUAUGUUAUGGCAACCAAGCCUCAAGGUUCUAGACUGCAGAUUACACUGGUAUGGCAAGAUGUACUGCCUAGGAAAAGGUAUUUUUUAAACAAACAAAAAAAAAAAAUCAGGAAGCAGAAUAUAGUAUGCCCUAUAUUGUCCAAAGACCUGUUUAUCAUAGCAGAAAUUGUAACUAGAAUAAUGAGUUAUAUGUGAAAAUCACCAUCAAAAACAUAAAUUGAUUCAAUUUUAAAUGAGAUAAAACAUGUUUUUAAUACCCAUGAUAACAGCUGCACUUAAUCCUAUAUGAAGUCUUCCUUUCCUAAUUGAAAAGCUGUUCUCAAAGUACUGGAUGUGUUAUUAACCCAGUUUUCAGUUUUUUGUGCCAUUCUUGUGAACAGUCGUUUUCAUACCUCAGUUCUAAUCUGGUCUUGGCUGUGUUAUAUUUUGAGAAUAAAUUGAAAAAAACCAACUAUGCUUUGUAGAUGAAACCUGAUGAUUAAAUGGUCCCUUGUGGCCAUGGUGUGUUUGUAGAGAUCUUUACAACCUCCUCAUUAGUAUCCUGCCUUGGACAGUGUUUAGGAGUAGUGUCUUUGCCCUGACAUUUUCUGUCAUGGGGAAAAGUGGAAGAAGGACAUGAGGCUGGCAACUGCAGCAAGGGAAAAAUACCUUAGAUUAGAUGCCUGAAUUUUGAUGUCAAAAGUUAAUUUCUACCUUUGAUCAGUAAUAAUGUAAAGAAUAUAUAACCACAGUAUUUAAGAGAUGUCUGCAUUUUGCAGAAUCUGGAUUUUAAAACGCGUUAUAUAGCAAGACUAUGAAUCUAUAAAAUGAAAUCACAUCCCCUAGCUAUGGAACUUUCUCAGUAUUACUCUACACUUACAAAGAGGAGAACUUCUAUCUCCAACAUCCCACGACUGCCAGCACAAAUCAACUUUGAGAACGCAGUCGUUUUACCACAAGUAUCUCCUGAAAAUAUAGAUUAUAAGUGUCUAAGACCCUCUUUCAUGGCACAAAAUGGUAUUUCUGAAGACUGCUUUGGAGUUGCCCUUUAACCUACAAAAGCCUGAAAUGCCAAGCAGUUCAUCAUACAGGCAUUUUCCCCUAAAAUACUCAGUGACACAUUAGAAUUGAGCUAAUCAAAUAAUAAUAAACACAGGGCUUAAUAUUCCAGCAACAGACAGUCUGUACAAAAACUAGCUGUUCCUCACACAAGUGAUCCCUUUUGCAAUUACUACGCUAACCUCCUUUACUGCCUUCAGCUCAUCAACAUCUCUUGUACUGAAAAGCCCAGAACCUUGAGGGAGCAGAGGCAGAAUUUCUCAUCCUUGUAGCAUACUGCACAUGUCUUUCCUGGAUUUCAGGCUGAGUAACUGACUUCAUGGAGGAAAAGAAAGGCAACAGAAAGAAAAAAGUCAUCUUGCUCCCACACAGCAAUGGAGACAGUAUUUCAAAGGAGACUAUUAUUUCUCCCACCCUACAGGCAUAGGGCAACAAAUUAUUUGUCUGACUUUAUUUACCUCCCCAAGUGGUGUCUUUCUCCUGCUGCUACUGCUCUUCUCCCUCUAAACUCAGCUCAUCUGUAACAGCUAACCAGUCCCUGCUGCAAACCAGAGGGAACAAAUGCAGACAAGAAAGAUGGGCUUUCAGUCCUCUUAUGCAGGUCCAGCAUCGACAUAAAUAGCCUGUCUAGGUCCCUCUGGAUGGCAUCCCUUCCCUCCAGCAUGUUGGCUACUCCACAUAUCUUGGUGUCACUGGCAAAUUUGCUGAGGUGCACUUGGUCCCACUGUCCAUGUUAAACAGGGCCAAUCCCAAAGCCAACCCUGGAGGAAUGUCACUUGUCACUCUCCAAUUGGACAUCAAGCUGUUGACCACUCUUUGAGUGUGACCAUCCAGCUACUUCCUUAUUCACUGAGUGGUCCUUCCAUCCUCCAUUUAAGAGCCAGGAAUUCAUGUGGGACAGUGUUAAAUGCUUCACACAAGUCCAUGUAGAUGUGAGUUGCUCUCCCCUUGUCCACUAAUACUGUAACACCACCAAAGUUGUCAGGCAUGAUCUGCCCUCAGUGAAACCAUGUUGGCUGUCCCAAUCACUUCCAUAUUUUCCAUGUGCCUUAGCACAGUUUCCUCAAGGAUCUGCACCAUGACCUUGCUGGGCACAGAGGUGAGACUGACUGGUCUGUAGCUCUCCAGGUCUUCCUUUUUUUCCUUUUUAACAAUGGGGGUUAUGUUUCCCCUUUUCCAAUCAUUGGGAACUUCACUGGACUGCUGUGGCUUCUCAAAUAUAAUUCAUAGUGGCUCAGCCACUUCAUCCACUAGUUCCCUCAGGACCUGCAAAUGCAUCUCAUCAGAUUCCAUGGACCUUUGCACCUUCAGGUUGCUUAGAUGUUCUUGAACCUGAUCUUCCCCUACAAUGCACAGCUCUUCAUUUUCCCGGUCCCUGUCUUUGCCUUCUGUGACUCAGGCAGUGUGGCUGGAGCACCUGUUGGUGAAAAACAAUGGAAAAAAAGUCUUUGAAUAACUCAGCCUUCUCUGUAUCCUGAGUAACCAGGUCUACUGUUUCCCUCCAGACAGGGCUGAUAGUUUCCCUAAUCUUUCUUUCAUCACAACAUACCUAUAGAAGCUGUUCUUGGUGCCCUUAAUCUGCCCUGACCAGAUUUAAUUCUGGGGUUUAGCUUUCCCAACCUAAUCCCUAGCUGCUUGGACAAUGCUGGUGAGGACAAUUUCUGUGUAUUCCUACCAGACUACCUGUUCUUUCUUCCAUCCUCAUUGACUUAUUUUUUUGUGUUUGUUCAGGAGCUUCUUGUUCAUCCAUGCAGGCUUCCUGGCUUUUUAACCGCCUUUCCUCUUUUUUGGGAUGCAUUUCUCCUGAGCUUGGAGGAGAUGAUCCUUGAGUAUCCACCAGCUUUCCUGGACCCCUCUUGUCUCCAGAGCUUUACCUCGUGGUAUUCUACCAAGCAGAUCCCUUAAGAGGCCAAAGUCUGUUCUCCUGAAGUCCAGGGUAGUGAGCUUGUUGUGCAGCCUCCUCACACUUGCUCUCUGACACUCAAAGGUCCUGGGUUCAAUCCAUGCUGCCAAAAGAACAACUGUGGAUCUGCAUUACACACCAUGGAAAAAAUGCUUGUGGGUAGUCUGUUCUAGUUCUCCCUGUGGAGUUGCAUGGCUGCUAAUGCAAAGUUGGGGAAAGCUCAAAAAUCUUUGGGGCUUAAUUAACCUCCAUUUAAAGAACCAACAGAAAAUUUCUCUCCUCAAGGUCAUAUUGAAUAAGGUGUUUACCAAGAUUGCCUGUACAUGAGUUUAAAGGAGAAUCUUUAAAUUAAACUUGUUACAUUACCCAAGCAACAUCUCUUUAACAAAUGAAGACAUGCUGGUGAAAUUAAUGUGGAUGUUAAAUAUUCACUACAUGUAAGUAUUCAAUUUCUCAUGAGUAUGUAGCUGUGAGAACAGUUUUCUUCAGCCAGCACUCAGCCUAACAUACUGUCAUUCCUCUUUGUUGUUAGAUGGAUUUUUUUAAACUUUUCAAUGUAUAUAACAGAAAAUUAAGAUAAAUUAUGAAAACUUUUCCAGAUUUUUGUGGGUACAAACUUUAGAGCAGCUUGUAUGAAACUGUUCAUCUACUUCCUGGCCUGUUUUUGCAAGAAUGGAAGCAGUUGUGUCCAGACAAAGAUCAGAAUAGUAAUUAAAAGAGCAAUACCUUUGUGCUGAAGACAACCUCCAAAAAAGGUUUUCCCCCUCCCCUCAUCUUAUGGCUCAUUAAAAUGUAAAAAAAAUGUUCUGGAAAAAUUAUUUAAAAAAACCUAUAUUCUUCUCAAGACAUUGAGAAGGUCUUGACAUCAAGACAUCUCAGGUCUUGACGUUCCUUCUUUUAAUGCAGGGUUCAUUGGAAUUUCAGAGGUAUAUUUGGAACUCCCAGCACAAAGACCAGGUACCUGAAUACCCUUAACAAACCCUCACUUACUGCUAUGAGUGGAGAGGGCACUCGCCCCUUAAAAAAACUGCAGUGCAAAUAAACUCAUACUAGUAAAAAUGCCUGAAAAAAACGUAGGAAGAAAUAUCAGACCCACAUGAAUUGUCAGGUAAGUGUUCCUUCCCAAAGCAAAGUAUUAAAAUGGCAGUCAGUUAUCCCAGUCAGAUGUAAAGGAUGUGAACUUAGGCACAAGUCCCAGAGCAAUACUUUGCUUCACUAACAAUAUUCCAUUGUUAUAAGAAAGCUGGAACAUUUGGUGGCAGGAUGUUGUAAAUGCUUGAAUUUUACAGCAAAUGCACAGAACGCACAAUAAAGUUGCAGGUAAAAUGAGGAAUAUUCAAGAGAGAACAAUGUUACAUAUUCUGACUUCUAUGUAAUGAAAAGAAUAAAACUCCUGGAUCGACAAUGUAUAUGCAUGGUACAUAUAUAUAUAUAAAAUAAUAAGUGUGUAUACACACACUUGAAAAAAGGAUUUGUUCAAGAAUAACUUAAGUUCAACAAUAAGGAAGAAAUCUGAAGCAGGUACCUUUUAAAAAUCUGAGUAGCAGAUUAAUAAAAUUUCAGUACAAACAUGGUUUAUUAUGUAACUAAGAUACAUGCAUUUAUAUGCUGUUUAAUGUAUUUUGUUAACUAUUUUUCUUAUAUGUCAUAUCUAAUGUACAUAUGCUUUAGGUAUUAUAUUUUAGUUACCAUAUUCUACGUUAUGUAUUAAAGUCACUUGGUUUCAA